GCCAUUUCUGCGAAAAAAGUACUUCCCAGGUCCAAAUUAGUUCAAAAUCCUUACGUUUACACCUUUGACAUUCCGAUCCUCACCCCUCCGUAUUUACACCUUUGACAUUCCGAUCCUCCACCGUCCGUACACUCCCUCAGUCCACCGCAUAUUACCCGAUUACCAUUUCCGGUCAAAGUCUGACCCGAAUUCACUUUCCUCAGUUUUUCAACUUUUUUGUAAAAAUUUUGGAAUUUCGAAUCGGAUUCUGUGGAUUUGGGGAAGGGAUUGUGAUUUCGAUCAUGUAGUGGAGAUCUUGAGGAAUUCUUAUCGGAGAUCGAUCAAUGGCGUCGAUCCGGAGAACUCUAUCGCCGGCGUUCCGAGACCGGCCGUACGUGAACGGCGCCGGCUCUCCAUUUUCAGUGCCGUCGCCGUCGCAGAAGCUUCUCUCCAGCUCCAGAUACUCUCCGCCUUUUCCGUCGGUGAUCCUCGCCUUCGCCGUCAACGUCCGGCGCUUCGUUGCCGGAGUUCUCUUUCACCUGCCUAAUCGCAAGGGCCAGCAAUGGCGUCGAGGUUUCUACAGGUGCUUGCUCUUCUUCUUCUUAGGGUUUUUACUCGGCCUAUUACCGUUCGGCCACGUUGACGACGACGAGAUUCCAGGUCGCAGCAAUUUCGACAUCGAGCCGCCCCACGUCAAUGUCCAGUUUGACACCGGCAACGCGGAUCCCGCCGUGAAACGGCGGGAAGAUCUCGUCGUCGACGUGAGCUUCGGUGUCGUGGAGAGGAGUCUGGAUUUGGUGCCGAGGAAGCAGCUGAUUAUUGUGACACCUACGUACAACCGCGCACUGCAGGCCUAUUUCUUAAACAGGUUGGGGCAGCUGCUCGGGCUUGUACCUCAGCCACUGCUAUGGAUUGUGGUGGAAUCCGACACCGCAUCGAUGGAGACGGCGGAGAUUUUGAGGAAGAGCGGAGUGAUGUAUCGGCAUUUGGUGUGUGGCAACAAUUCGACUAGCGCCAAGGACCGAGGUGUUUAUCAGAGGAACACUGCGUUGGAGCACAUUGAGCGGCAUAGGCUUGAUGGCAUUGUUUACUUCGCCGACGACGAUAAUAUAUACUCCCUCGACUUGUUUGAUCGCUUGAGAGACAUUAGCCGGUUUGGAACUUGGCCUGUUGCUAUGUUAUGGCAAAGCAAAAACAAGGCUAUAUUGGAAGGUCCAGUAUGCAAUGGGAGCCAAGUAGUUGGAUGGCACACAAAUGAGAAAAGCAAGAGGCUUCGUAGGUUUCAUGUUGAUAUGUCAGGGUUUGCUUUUAAUAGCACAAUAUUGUGGGAUCCAAAGCGAUGGCACCGCCCCACUUCUGCUUCAAUUCGACAAUUAGAUACAGUGAAAGAGGGUUUCCAAGAGACCACUUUUAUAGAACAAGUUGUGGAAGAUGAGAGUCAAAUGGAAGGUACCCCAGCCGGCUGUGCAAAAGUAAUGAACUGGCAUCUACAUUUGGAAGCUCAUACUCUUGUUUAUCCCAAAGGCUGGCAACUUCCGAAGAACCUUGAUGUUGUUCUCCCCAUUGAACGAUAGAACUCACUAGCCGCGCAAUUUUGAUGCCUAUAGCUGGAGAAAGUUCUUGAAUUUCAUGUUGGUGCUUCUCCGCCCGCUGAGCGGAUCAUUGCUGAUUUUGGUACGGUCGAAGCACUAACAAGCCUGAAAAACUCGGCUGGCGAUGGCAAACAAACCGAAGAUUCAUGGUUGUUGAUUUUUAUUUUUUUUUUCCUGUGCAUGAUAUUCUUUUACAGAGACGAAAUUUCGUUUUUGUUGAAGAUCUCCCGGUGUUUGGUGUCGUUUCCUUUGAAAAUUGUUUAAUAUUCGGCAGUUGGUACAGCUCGCCGAAAUAGGUGGGAGUUGGUUAGGUUUGUUAUGGAUUCCAUACCCCGUGAUGUAGACCGCCGUGUAUUGUGCCCAAAUUUUAAUCAAGCAAAGCAAAAGUGCAAUUUCUUCUGAAA